AUGGUGAAUGUUGAACACUGCGAAGAUGUGACUAAAACGGGGAUUUUCUGUGGAUCCGUUACAGGAGGGGAGGAGAGAGCUGCGGAUGGGGCUAAUAACGAAAGGAUGGACGAUGUGGGAGAGCCGGACGAGCUGGAUACGUUCGAUCUGACGCAAAUGGAGGGUCUAGAUCUGCCGAUCGUCAUGUCGGAAGCGAAUCUGGACGAGAUCUCGGGAAUUUCGGCCGCAGAUUUUCUCCCAGAUCUUCCAGAAGAUUUGUUUGCAGAUCUCCCGUUAGACGCACCCUUCGAUGUAGUCACACUGUGUGAAGACUCGUCAGGUUGUGCAGCCAAGGAAGGCCUGAGCGACACAGCUAACCCUUCUGAUGCACGCUGCGAGGCUAUAACGGAUGUUUCUGCGAGUGACGUUGACCCAGCUUCUGCUGCUUCUGCUGCUCCUGCUGCCAUGUUUUCUGCUUCCUCACCACCUCCCCCCACCACGCCCGGAAACCCCCCAUUGAUCCCCUCUUCCUCCCCCUCCACCUCCCCCAGCCCGCUCCUCAAGCUUCCCCCCUUCCGCCCCCCACAGCCGCUGCUCCGCGCUGCUCCCUCUUCCGGAGGUGGGAGAGGGUGGGAUAGAGGAGAGGCGGUUGGGGAGGGAGGUGCGGUGAUGGGGGAAAGAGGAGAAGCAGCAACGGCAGCACCAGCAGCAGCAUUAGCAGCAGCACCAGCAGCACCAGCAGCAGCAGCAGCAGCAGCAGCAGCAGGCUUAAUUGGGGGAAAGAGGGGCGCAGCAGGCGUGAAUCAACAAGUGGCAGCAGCAGUGGCGUUGAAUCGGCUGCUGCAGCAGAGGCAGAUGCUGAGUAACCCUGCAAACAACCCCAAGCAACAACUGCUUCUCAGAGCUCUCACCGCUGCUGCCACUACAGACUCGGGUGUUCCGCCCGCUGCUCUUGUCUCAGUCAUCGCAGCCUCGGCAGCAGCCUCGGCAGCAGCCUCGGGUGCUGCCUCGGCGGCAGCUUUGCCGGCAGGUUCGGAAGCAGGUUUGGGGGCAGGUUCGGCUGCUGGUGAAGCUUCUUGUGUGGGAGUGACAGGGGGGCAACAAAUGCAGCAGGAACAGGAAAGUCAGCAGCAACAGAUGGCGGUUUCUCUGGGCCUAUUGCAGCAGCUGCAGGCACAAAUGCAGGCGCAGGCACGAAUCCAAGCACAGGUACACGCCCAAGCACAGGCACAGGGACAGGAACAUGCACCCACACUGCAGCAGCAGCAGCAGCAGCAACAGCAGCCGCAACAGCAGCAGCAGCAGCAGCAGCGGCAGCGGCAGCCACAGCAGCUGCAACAGCCGCAGCAGCAGCAGCAGCAGCAGCAGCAACAAUUACAGGUGAAGCUCCCAUUCGGGGGGUUUGCAGGGCUCUGUACGUCUGCUGCUACUGCUCCUGCUGCUUCGGCCACUUCUGCACCUGCUACUCCAGCUGCUAAUAAUAACAACACUACCAAAAAUACUGCUGGGGUAAACACCUUCAUCAACGGCGCCAAUGCUCCCAUUCCGCCUCAAAUCAAGGCCAAUGCAGCUCAGGUGUUUGCUCAGGUGGCCCAUGCAGCGCUUCAGGCCCCUCAGGUGCUUGGUCAGGUGCCCCAGGUGUCGAGCCUGCCGCAGGGUUCUCCUGGAAGGUCUGGUAUGGAAAUCAACACAGCGGUGCUUGCCUCUCUGCUUGCCACUGCUUCCUCCUCGCCCUCGUUUGCCACCGCUGCUGCUGCCUCUCCUUCUCCUGCUGCUGCUGGUGCUUCUGGGGAUGCAGACACGUGGCAGCUGGGGAAGCAUCUGGACCGUCCAUCUCGCGCGUGA